AUGCCGCAAGCAUUGCGAGAUGCGCAUAGACGGUGGCAUAAGGCGAACGAGAUGGCUAAGUGCUAUAUGUUGGCUUCUAUGUCAUCAGUACUCAAGCAUCAGCAUUCUGCCAUGGAAACUGCCGCCGUGAUUAUGACAAAUCUCGUAAAUCUUUUUGGUACUCAGAAUCGAACGGUUAAGUCUCAAGCCUUUCGGGGUAUCAUGACGAAGACAAUGAAGGAAGGCUCGUCUGUGAGGCAACACGUCCUCGAGAUGAUGAGCCACCUUAACCAGAUUGAGGUUUUGGGAGUGGACGAUAGAUCCCGAGUCCCAAAGUUACUAUAA